GAAGAAUCUUAAGUAAUAGAUUUGUAUGGAACAAUAAUAAUAGGAAAAAUUUAUAUGGAGGAAACAAUGGAUUAUUGGAUUAUGCACCAGAAUCUUUUAAUGCAUAUUUAGGAGAGUCAUAUUAUAUUGGAUACCAUCCUGCUUAA